ACUACAAAUCCCAGCGUGCUCCGCGGGCGGCGCGGUGACGUCAGACGCCGCGCUCUCUUUAGGCGCCCGGUGCCCGGAUGUAGGUCUCUUUCCCUCCCCGGAAGAUGGCGGGUGAGAAGAAGCCAGGCGAGAAAGCAGGAGCUGAGAAAAAGCCUGGCAAGAAGGCGGCGGGUGAGAAAAAACCCAGUGAGCAGAAAGCAGCCCCGAAGGCAGCAGGGGACAAGAAAAAAAGGAUCAGGAAACAUCAUGCCAGCAGGAACCCUGUCCUGGCCCGGGGCAUCGGGAGGUAUUCCCGGUCAGCCAUGUAUGCCAGGAAAGCUCUUUACAAACGCAAAUACACUGCUCCUGAAACAAAGAUAGAAAAGAAGAAGAAAGAAAAGCCUCGUGCCACCAUCACCAAGCCUGUUGGGGGAGAUAAGAAUGGAGGCAGCAGGGUGGUUAAAAUCCGUAAAAUGCCCAGGUACUAUCCCACUGAGGAUGUUCCAAGGAAGCUGCUGAGUCAUGGCAAAAAGCCCUUUUCCCAGCACAAGAGGAGGCUCAGGGCUUCCAUUACUCCAGGAACUGUCCUGAUCCUUCUCACCGGCCGUCACAGGGGCAAGCGUGUUGUCUUCCUGAAGCAGCUUGGUACUGGCCUCUUGCUUGUUACAGGACCCUUGGCUGUCAAUCGUGUCCCUCUGAGGAGGGCACACCAGAAGUUUGUUAUUGCCACAUCCACAAAGGUUGACAUCUCUGGGGUGAAGAUCCCCAAGCAUCUCACUGAUGCCUACUUUAAGAAGAAGAGGCUCCGUAAGCCCAAGCACCAGGAAGGAGAGAUCUUUGACACUGAAAAAGAGAAAUACGAGAUAACGGAGCAGCGCAAGACGGACCAGAAGGCGGUGGAUUCGCAGGUCCUGGCCCGGAUCAAGAAGGUGCCUCAGCUCAGGGGGUACCUACGUUCUACAUUCUGUCUCUCAAAUGGAGUUUAUCCUCACAAAUUGGUGUUCUAACUCUUCUGAAAACACCACAUUAAAUUUGAAGGGAGAGAAAAAAAAAAACCCAAACCCCAA